GGUAAACGCUUCCGGUUUUACUUUUCUGAUUACAAACCUAAAGAGAUUUCUAAACAAAUCGUAGGCUACGUGUCAUGGAAUCCUCUUAACAUGCUAUGGACAAAAAAGAAGUCACUAUUUGUGAUAAGGAUAUAAAUAUUCUUGAUGACCCUGAGCAUAGCAUAUUGGAAGAUAAACUUUUCUCAGAUAUUGAAGACAUUGACCCUUAUCAGAGCGUCGACUUAGUGGAGCGUGUGGUAGCUCACAAAAAUGAUUUCCAGAAAGUCGAGGUUGUUGAGCAAUCCGCGGAGCUGUUUCCUGAUACAGCAUCGGAUAGCAGCGAUGGGAGUGAAGCGUUAGAGAAUGAAAAAAACAUUUCAGAAUCCUCCGUGCCUAACGCCAAGCAAGAAAGUGUUACAGAAAACAAUGUGACUGUGAGUGGUGGAAACAGCGCACAAGCAAAACCAAUGCUGCAAAGUAGUUCCACUAUUGAAGGAUGUGUUCUGAGGCAUAGGCUGGACCCUGAGCCCCCGAGGUCUGUCUUGGAUAAUGAUGGUGUGGUGCAGCACCAAGAAGAUGAUGCAGUCCCAAAGGGUUUGAAAGAAAAAAAUAAAAUACGAUUGAUACGUAAAACCUUAGAUAGCAAGCCAGUUGAUGUCGCUGCCCUGAGAAAUUUGGCCAUCAGCCCGGGAGGACUUAUCAAUACAGAGAUGAGGCAGCGUGUGUGGCCCCUACUACUAAAUGUCAACACUAAAAACAUCACUCCCAAACCAUCACACGAAGAAAUGUUGGCCAUGUCCAAGACCUAUACUCAGGUUGUGAUGGACGUUAAUAGGUCAAGCAGCAGAUUUCCACCUGGUAUUGAUGACCAUGUUCGAAUGUCCAUGAAGGACAAACUGGUUGACUUGAUCAUGCGUGUGAUGCUCAAGAACAAACAGUUGAAGUAUUAUCAGGGCUUUCAUGAUGUGUGUAUAACAUUUCUCCUUGUUAUGGAUGAGGAUCUGGCUUUUGCCAUGGUGGACAGACUAGCUCUCGGGAACAUGAGGGAAUACUUAGACGAAACUAUGGAGAGGACGUCCUUGUUAUUGAACUAUAUUUACCCAUUGGUCAACAAGUGUAAUCCUGAGCUGUGCCAACACAUGGAAAGAAAUGAUUUAGGCACAAUAUUUGCAUUGUCCUGGGUGAUCACCUGGUUCAGCCAUGUUCUUGGUGACAUUAAAAGAAUUGUUCGUGUCUUUGACUUUUUCUUAGCCUCGCACAGAUUAAUGCCAGUUUAUUUAUCAGCAGCAUUUGUUUUAUACAGAGAGCAGGACAUCUACGCGGCAGGCGAUGAGAUGGGAUACAUUCACAAAUGUCUUUCAACAAUCCCUUCAGACCUGCCCUUGGAGUCUCUUUUGGAAAGGGCUGGUGACCUUUACCUUCAGUAUCCCCCCAUAGAAAUCAGCCAGGACCCGAUGCUGAUAAGAAUGAACAGGCAAGUGUAUGAGCACUUCAACAGGAUCGACAGUCGCAAUGCUUCCCGUCGGCUGGCCCAGCAGUCCAGCGACAUACGCAGUAGGAUGUUUGUCAAGUUCACCAUGUGGACGGUGACAGCCGUGGUGGGCGUGGCUGCAGCGGUCCUCUACCAUGCAUACAGGGGCCAGGAGUGGGCCGCGGUGGAUAUAUGGAGCCCCUUCUCUUAGCGAUCUGUAAAAGCAUGAUAGUUGAGUGUAGCGCUAAGUGUGAGUGUAGUAAUACAAGCGUGAGUGCAGUAAUACAAGUUUGAGUGCCAUAAUACAAGUUGGAGUGCAGCACCACAAGUGUGAGUGUGGUAAUACAAGCGUGAGUGCAGUAAUACAAGCUUGAGUGCAGUAAUAUGAGUGCAUCUUUGCAUGCAUGUGCGAUGAAAAAAAGUUCAUAUUUAAUCAAACUUGUGAUAAUUUUGUUCUAUUUAUAUCAUUCUAGUACUUGAGCUCCCCCCCCCC